CUUUACUUAAAACCCUUCUUCGCACAUUUUCGUCCUUCCUCUCCUCUCUCUCCUCCCACGAAAAACCCUAGCCUCCCUCCCCAUAGUUUGUUCAUCGACAAUGACGGGCGAAGCGGUGAACCCGAAGGCUUAUCCCCUCGCGGACGCUCAGCUCUCCAUCACCAUACUCGAUCUCGUCCAGCAGGCUGCUAAUUACAAGCAGCUCAAGAAGGGCGCCAACGAAGCUACGAAGACGCUGAACAGGGGUAUCUCUGAGUUCAUAGUGAUGGCUGCGGACACCGAGCCGCUCGAGAUCCUCCUCCAUCUUCCGUUGCUUGCUGAGGAUAAGAAUGUGCCCUAUGUGUUUGUGCCCUCAAAGCAAGCACUUGGCCGAGCAUGCGGGGUCACAAGACCUGUCAUUGCCUGUUCCGUGACCACAAAUGAAGGAAGCCAGUUAAAGUCUCAGAUACAGCAACUCAAGGAUGCAAUCGAGAAGCUCUUGAUUUGAAUCUUUGUGAAGUGCGAAUCGGUGUGAUGGGCCUCUUGACUCGGUUGCGCUUUGGGAGGCUUUGACUGAAAUAGUUGCUAUUAGAGAGAGAUUGUGUGUUUCUUGGGGCUUUUCUUGUUUCUUCUCGUUCUACUUAAAUAUGACGAUUAUCCUUCUGUAUCAUUUGAGCAUCAAAUUCGUGAGCAUGUGCUUUUUGGUUCUUACUUAUUUCUCGUUGAAGUGAGUAUUGAACUAGGCAGUAAGUCAAUGGAAUGAUAGCAUAUGAUCAUUUGCCGACUCUUGGGCAUUGUCUUCAUGUUGAGAACUAUCAAGGCCAGGAUUGUCUCUGCUGGGUUGAGCUUGUACCUUCGGGGAGAUAUCAAUUUAGCGUGAUUGUCCCACUCCCACGUUUUUAUAA